CUGCUUGAACUUCCGCUGUCAACCAACCUGACUCAACCUACUUGCUAGCUAGCUAGCCACCUCAUCAGGCAAAUACAUUGUCCUCAGGAAACAACUGGUUAGCUAAUAUGCAAUCAUUAAGUACACCAUAGUAUUGGACAGCUGAGAAAAAAUGUGUGUUAUAUCAUUGAACGUGUAGGGAAUAUUAUUGUGUGUGUUUGUUUUUAAAUAGCUUGCUAAGUUAGCUUCAUUGAUAGCUAACGUUACAGUCACGACUCACGAAUCAGUUAGCUAACCUACUGCUCAUGCUAGCUAGCUAACGGUAGAUCGUUAUUACGAGCUAAGGCUAUAGCUUUGCAUUGUAGCCAUGACAACCACGAUAGUCCAUGACACCACAGAGGCCGUGAGGCUUUGCCCGACAUACGGCCUCUUCCUGAAGCCCAUUGCCAAGAUGAUGGUGAGCGUGGCCCUGCCGCAGCUGAAGCAGCCCGGCAAGUCCAUCUCCAACUGGGAGGUGAUGGAGCGGAUCAAGUCCAUGGUGCACCCAGACCAGUUCUCCACCCUGCGCAUCUCCAAGAGCACCAUGGAGUUCAUCCGCUUCGAGGGCGAGGUGGAGAACCGCGGCAUGGUCAAGACGUUCUUGGCCAAGCUCGACGGCAAGAGCAUCAAGCUGAGCGGCUUCACCGACAUCCUGAAGGUGCGCUCGGCCGAGAACAAGAUGGACUUCCCCACCCGCCACGACUGGGACUCCUUCUUCCGCGACGCCAAGGACAUGACCGAGACCCUGCCGGGGGAGCGGCCGGACACCAUCCGCCUGGAGGGCCUGCCCUGCAAGUGGUUCGCCCAGAAGGACGCCUCGACCGAGCGGCCCUCCGAGAGCGUCCUCAAGGCGGUGUUCGAGGGCUUCGGCAGAGUCCGGAAAGUGGACAUCCCCAUGCUGGACCCCUACCGCGAGGAGAUGCUGGACAAGAACUUCCACACCUUCACCUUUGGGGGCCACCUGAACUUCGAGGCCUACGUGCAGUACCAGGAGUACGCGGGCUUCGUGAAGGCCAUGGACACCCUCCGGGGCAUGAAGCUGAUGUACAAGGCUGAGGACAGCAAGGCCGUGGCCUGCAACAUCAAGGUGACCUUUGACACCACGAAGCACCUGAGCGACUGGGCCGUGAGGAAGAGGCAGGUGGAGAGGCUGAAGCUGCAGGAGCUGGAGCGGCAGCGGGAGGAGCAGAAGCGCAGGGAGAAGGAGGAGGAGGAGCGUCGCCGAGAGGAAGAGAGGAAACAGAGGCAGCAGGAAGAAGAGGAGAAGGAGCGGAGGAGGGAGGAGAAGAUAAGGAAGAGAGAGCAGAAGAUCAGGGAGAGGGAGGAGAAGAAGACGCAGCGGAAGGUGCUGAAGCAGCAGGCGGAGGAGCAGAAGAAGCUCCACCAGAAGAUCGCCAUGGAGGAGAGGAAGCUGCUCCUGGCCCAGCGCAACCUGGAGUCCAUCCGCCUGAUCGCCGAGCUGCUGGGCAGGGCCAAGGCCCUGAAGCAGCAGCAGCAGGAGAAGGAGCAGGCAGAGCUGGCCCUGCAGCAGAAGGCCGAGCUGGCCCGGCUGCAGCAGCUGGAGGAGAAGCGGAGGCUGCAGGAGGCGGAGCUCCGGCGGGUGGAGGACGAGAAGGCCCGGGCUCUGGAGCUGCAGCGCAAGGAGAGGGAGCUGCGAGACCGGCUCCUGGGGAACCUCCUGAAGAAGAGCACCUCCUCCGAGGGGCCCGAGGCGGCGCUGGGGCUUGUGGGAAACCCUGCCCUGGCGUUCGGUUCCCCGGACUGCCAGACCAACGGCACGCAAGCGGCCCAGGUCAACGGCCUGCUGCACGCAGGCAGACUGGGCGGGUACUCCCUCACCGGGCACGCCGGCCUCGGCGCUCUCUCCGGGGGGCGCUGCGGCUCCCAGAAGGGCCUCCGCGCCGACAGCAGCAGGGAGAGGAGGGUCGGGGAGGCCCGCAGCCGAGAGCACAGUCACGGGAGGGGGGAUCGCCGGCGGGAGCAUAGCAGAGACGGGAGACCGCGGGGCUGGAAGCCGAGUCGGGACCGCAGCAGAGAUCGAAGAGCGGGCAGCCGGGAACGCAGCCGGGGCAGAGGCAGCCGAGAACGCAGCCGGGGCAGAGGCAGCCGGGAACGCCACCGGGAGCGCAGUCGAGGUAGAGGUGAGCGCAGUCGAGAACGCAGUCGAGGUAGAGGUGAGCGCAGUCGGGAACGCAGUCGAGGUAGAGGUGAGCGCAGUCGGGAACGCAGUCGGGAACACAGUCGAGGUAGAGGGGAGCGCAGUCAAGAACGCAGUCGAGGUAGAGGGGAGCGCAGUCGUGAACACAGUCGAGGUAGAGGGGAGCGCAGUCGAGGCCGAGAGGAGAGAAGUUGCAGAGACAGAGACAGAGACAGGGACAGGGGCAGGAGCUGGUCGCGGUCCUCCAGCAGUGACUGGCACGGCAGGAGGAGGGGGUCGAGCCGGGACCGGAACCACCGGUACCGCAGCAGCAGCAGCUGCAGCCGGGACAGGCACCGGUCCAGCCGGCGCUACAGCUAACCACAGUCCUGAUAACUGGACUCCAGUAACCAUCACCACUGCUAAAAGGACCCAUGUGCUGCCUGUGUUACCCGUACUGUACUCCUCUCUGUGCAAUAUGUCUCUUGACUGGGCUCUGUAGGCCCUCAGUACAGGAUGGGUGAUCCCUCAUAAUCACUGGCAGUCAAACACAGCUCUCUUCGCUUCUCGUCCCAUGCUAAGAAAUGAACAAAAAAACAAUGAAAAUGUUGGAAAGAAAGAGUUUAGCAUCUCUGCUUGAUUUCGUUUUUCUCCUAUUAAAAUAUAAUAAGAUUUUCUUUCUCCAUUUUUAUCCAUCUCCCAAGCUGCAAGUUUUUUUUUUUUUUUUUUUCAGUUUAUUUUAGUCCGUAAUAACUGCUUAGGACCUUUCUUUUGUUGAAGAUAAAAAUAUCCUUUUUAGUCUCGAGAGGAACCAUAAACCCGCAUGAAAAUACAGAAUUUAUUUUAAUGUUACAAUAUACAUACACCCGCAUUAUAAAUCUUGCAUAGUGUAUAUUUAACAUUGGCGGAAAUAGAUUUGGAAUACGAGGACCUUAAGUUACAUAAUUAGGUAAUGUGUAUAGAUUUAGCAUGUGUACAAAACCGAGCUCACUCUUGCACAUUGUCCGUGAUGAUGUCCGUUAAAUGUGUAAGAUUGCCAAAAAUCUGUUUUAUUGCUUGAGGAAGACAUUCCUCAAAGAUCUUCUUAUUGGAAGAAACCUAUGGUGACUUCAUUACAUGUGUGUAAACCAGUUCAUUUUUGUUCUAAAGGGGAACUUUAAAAGUGAAAGUCUUAAAUUCUCAUGUUUGAAGCUCUCAGUAUAAAAGCCUUAGCAGAGACAUGUUCUGUUGAAGUAUUUCCCAAUUAAUGAGCACGCUACCAAGUAUUUCCACCUUUACAAGUUUUGGUUUUAGUGUUGUUUUCUUAACUUUUUAUAACCAACAUGCUUGCUCACCACGUAUGUGAAUAAAGUUUGAGUUAUUUCAUUUUA